CAAAAAUCAAUUUAUUUUAGUGAACAACUCUUACUAUAUAUUUUACCAUAAUUUAAAACGAUUCUAAAAACUUUUUUCUGAGUAAAAAAUCAGUUUACACUUUGAUAAGCCGUUUUUAACGUUUACAGCUCAUCAGAAUAAAAAAUAUAUGUGUUGAGAAAUGGCUUUUGCGUUAAAAGCCUGUGGUCGUAUUAGGUUAUACUCUUCCUUGCAGAAUUUAAUAAGAUUUUCAUCUCAAACAGCUUCGAACAGGAAAGGUCUAGUUCUUGGUGUGUACACUAAUAAAAAUGAAGAUGGGGUGGAACUAACACUAGCUGCAGAGUGUUACAACAAGAUAACUCGAGGAAAGCUACUGGAACAGAUUAAAUUGUCGGCGUCAUCGGUGUCGUCCUAACUCCCAUCUGUCUCAAUGGCGACGGGUGGCGGCCCCUCCAUACCCGCUCAGGGGCCCCCCCGAGACGGCCGCAGCAGUUCCGCCUCAACCCACAGCGCCUCCAAUAUCCCCUCCAAUCGAGCUUCCAUCCGCACCCCAAAAAGACCGCGCCCCACCUCGAACGCUCCUUUUGACGACAAAAACGCCGACUUCCUCUGUCCUGUCUGUUUCAAUAUGAUCGAAGAGGCGCAUGUGACCAAGUGCGGUCACACGUACUGCUAUAACUGCAUCACCAAAUCUAUUGAAACUCAAAAACGGUGUCCCAAGUGCAGUUCAAAUCUCAGAAUUGACGAUAUCUUCCCCAACUUCUUGCUGAACGAUCUCAUCAAGAAGCAUAAGCUCAGAACGAACGGAUAUGAGGCUUUGGGACUCACUAGGGACAGCUCGGGAGAGUUCGCUUCUUCUGCGGACGGUCUUAGAGACUUCGUCGCGGCAGAGUCUCAAAAUUUAACUUUGCCGGAUGUUAAUGUGAUGUUGGAAAUACUUACGCAGCGUAAACAGUUGCUAGAAGCGGAAUCGUUCGCGGCUCAAAAUAGACUUUUAUUAGAAUUUUUGAGGCACUUGCUCAAGCAAAAACGUGAUCGCCAAGCACAGAUAGCUAAAGAGAUUACGAUUAUCGAAUCGGACAUUGAGGAAGUAGGAAAUAAGUUGAAAGAAGUGCAUAGUAAAUGUCCCACAUUGGAGGACGUGGAAAGAACCACUGCUGGAGCCUCAGAAUCCGAUGCAUCCACUGUUAGUGCAAUGAAGAAAGAGAUGAUUGAAAUGAUUGACAACAUUGGAAGCAGUGCUGGGAGGAAAGAUGAAGCAGGCAGCUCAUCAGAAACGCCAUCUAGAUCGAAUAGCUCCCUGGCGCUCCGUCGUCGGCGCAUGCACGCCUACUUUGAUGACUUCGUCGACUGUUAUCUUUCCCAUCGCUGCAAAGACGUGAUUUUCGGAAAAGACACGGAUAAAACUGCCAGACCGGCGCACGAACCAAAUGUCGGUCUCGACCAAUUCCGGGAGAGUCUCAUUAAGUUCUCCACCUACAGCUCCUUACGUGUUCUAGCCACGCUCAAUUACUCCAGCGAUCUCUUCAAUAACUCCACGAUAGUCUCCAGUAUAGAGUUCGACAAAGAUAACGAGUUUUUCGCCAUAGCUGGUGUCACGAAACGAAUAAAAGUCUUCGAGUUCAAUGGUGUUAUCAAGGAUAUAGUCAGUAUACACUAUCCUUGUAUAGAAAUGGUGAGCAGAUCUAAGAUAUCGUGCGUCAGUUGGCAUACGUACCACAAAAGUACCUUAGCUUCAAGCGAUUAUGAGGGAACAGUCACGAUAUGGGAUGCAUCGACUGGCCAGAGAACCAAAACCUACCAGGAGCACGAGAAGAGAUGCUGGAGCGUGGAUUUUAACUGCGUGGACACACGCUUGAUAGCAUCAGGAUCUGAUGAUGCCAGGGUGAAGCUGUAUUCGCUGAAUGAGGAGCAUUCGGUGGCUACCCUGGAAGCUAAAGCGAACGUAUGUUGCGUCAAGUUCAACCCGCGCAGUUCGUACCAUUUGGCGUUCGGCAGCGCUGACCAUUGUGUUCAUUACUACGACCUUCGGAAUAUGAAGGAAGCGGUAUCUGUAUUCAAAGGGCACAAAAAGGCCGUGAGUUACGUGAAAUUCCUCAACAGCGAGGAACUAGUGUCAGCAUCAACCGACUCUCAACUGAAAAUGUGGAGCAUCGGUACUCCGUAUUGCCUGCGUUCGUUUGUCGGCCAUGUGAACGAGAAAAACUUCGUCGGCCUGGCGACAGAUGGGGACUACGUUGCGUGUGGAUCCGAGAACAACGCCCUCUACGUCUACUACAAGGGUUUGAGCAAGAAGUUGUUUAGUUACAAGUUCGAGGCGAUAGAGGGCGUGUUGGAGCAGGAGAGACGGGAGGACGAUAUGAACGAAUUUGUGUCGGCGGUAUGUUGGAAGCAGAAUUCGAACGUUGUUGUUGCGGCGAAUAGUAGAGGAAUCAUUAAUAUAUUAGAGCUGGUUUAAGAAUUUUAGUUAAUUGGGUGAGCUGUGAGGAUUAACGGCACGAUUUAGUUUAGUAGAGGUUCCACUUCAAUGAAGGUAAUUAUCUGAGCGUUACAUAAUUAAGAAAGUCGUGUUGGAAAUAAUGGCAUCUUUAUUACUAAGCAGUACCUCGCACCAAGAUACAGCAAUAAUUACCAUUUACUAACCGAUUUUUUUUUAAUAAAUGUUGGAUAUCUACAUAACAUAAAUCGUGUGCAGCUCCCAAACAACUUCAAGUAUUCGGAUCCUUCUUCUCUAAAAUUUUUAUUUUCCAACGAAUAUUUUUGCAGUAUUGAAUCGAUACAAACGGUACACUAGCAAUUAUUUAAGUAAAUGUUCAAGUGUUUGAUGUUCUAAUAUUUUGUCGGGUGGUAAUUAAUUAUAUUUAUGUACCAACACGACUUUGAAAAAUACCACGCUGCAUUUAAAUGUGAUAAAUGAUAUAUCAGACUAACUGACUAGCUCACAAAUGUGUUUGUGUUCAGUGAUAGAACUUAACUUCUCUAAGGGAAAUUGCACACUACGGAAGCCAAUCCAUGACACUGCUAGAGGAAGGACGCCUAUUAUCGGGUACCUUUUUAAAAAUGUUCAGUAAAACUUUUCUAUUCAUUCCCAAAAGUUAAUUGGUUGACAUAUUUAUUGCUUAUUGUUCCUAGUUUUGUUUUACAAGAGAUAAUUAAAAAUAAGUAAACACAGUUGCUGUUAUUCAGAAAAUUCGUAAAUGGUGUCAUUUCCUUAAAUUAAAAAAAGGUUGCCUAAUAUCGGGUAGUGUCGAUUCCAAAUAUCGGGUGCCCGAUAUUAGGCUACAACUUCUUUAAAAAAUGCAAAGUAGCAAUAUUAGCUAUCUAAGAUAUUUUAUUUUACAGUAAGACACAGGAGAAUACAAAAAAUAAAACAACUAUUUCUCAAUAACCAGAGAAUAAAGUUCAAAAGAAACAAGUAUUUAUCCAUCUAAACAUAAUUCACAAAUAAAUGAUUUCUCCUUGCCUAUCUCUGAGCAAUCUUCGUCACACCAACGCAGACACUUCAUGCAUUGGACCCACUUGGAUCCAGAAAUAUCUUCAGAGAACCAGUUGGAACAAUAAAAGCAUUCCACAUCGACAUCAUCUUGGUCCAUGUCGUCAUCCGUGUCUACCAAUUGAAUUUCAUCACUAUCAGAACUGCUAGAUGAGCUUAUCUUCAUCUUUUUUCCUUUUGGGAUCGAUUUUUUAUUGUUAACUUUUUCCUUCUCGUUUUUUAGUUUUGAUUUAUUUUGAUUCAGGCUAACUUUUUUCGGUGUGAUCUUUUUUCUUUUUUUCAAGCUCUCUUCUAAAUCUGUCUUAUAAGGCGUAGAAGUGAGGAUAUCUGUUGAACCACGUUUACCUCCUUUUUUAGAAGCUUCACCCGAACAACCUGGCCUUGGAGACUGAUGUUUUGUCUUUAGGCUAGGUAUAGGACAAAUAUCCUGAGGUACAACGAGCUUAGGUGUCUAAAUUUCUUUUCUUAAGUUUUCAGCAACAGCAGGAUCCACAGCAAUCUGAUUUUCGUCAUUAUCUCCUUCGACUGAUUGUCUUUCAUUUGAAGAAUGGAUGGCAAAUUCGUUAUCUCGGAAAAUUGUCGGUUGGAAUGGAAAUAUUCCACAUUUUCUAAAACCAUUCACUGCAAUUUCACAACUCGCUGCUCUUAAAUAGGCUCUUCCCAUUAGUUCCGAUAUUUGAUAGGAAGUUACAACUCUCCCUGGAUUUGCUCUAAGCCAUGUUUCAAUUUCAGCAGCAUAAUAAGUUUUGAAAGGUGACAUAAAGGAGACGUCGAGUGGUUGUAACUUAUUUGUAGAAUGGGGAGGUAGGCAGAUAAUAUGGACGAAAUUAUCUCUGGCAAUGUUGAUAACAUCAAUAUUCCUUGAAUGAGAAUAGUGUCCAUCUAAUAUCAAGACAACUUGUUUGGAUUCGCGAGGUUUUACAUGUAAAAUAAAGUGCCCCAGCCAGUCUGUAAAAAUGUCUUGCUGAAUCCAUCCCGAUGGAUGACAUCUGGCAACGGACCCAGGGAGCUUCAUAUUUUUGCGGGGAAACACCAACAUUGGUGGUAUGUAACGGCCGACAGCGUUCAUACACGUUACAAUAGUUACUAAAGCACCCCGUUCCGAAGCAGUUAAAGCUGCAACUUGCCUUUUUCCUUUCAAACUUAUCACUUUGGCAUGUUUGUGUUGUACUGUCGUAAUACCAGUCUCAUCAACAUUAUAGAUUGCUGCUGGAUUAAAGCCAACUUUUGGCAAAACGCUACCAAGGAGGUUGAAAAAUGCUUGAACAUUCUCUUUUGUAAAACCCUUAACACGAGCUGCAGAAAUUCCCUGUGGUUUUCGGAAAGACAAUUUUGGGUGUCUUGACAUGAACGAUUUCAACCAUUUUUUUCCAGCAGCGGCACUUCGGCAAGAAAAAGGAUGCUUAAGCCCAUUACCUAUAGCCAGCUGAAAGGCUAGUCUUCUUACAUCUGACGCUCGGAGACCAAAAUACCUUCUUUCCAUUUCGAGAGCAUACUCAACUAGUGCUUCUUCAAGUUCAUUUGUUAAAGUAGGUUUUCUGCCUAAUUUGAUAGCAAGUAAUGUAUCAACCGGUUUCUUACUUAUUACAUAAUCAAUCGGUGUGCUUUUGGGCACGCCAAAUGCUUUAGACGCCUUAAGAGUUCCCAUUUCCUUGUUCUUAACUGCUUCUACUGCCCUCUUCAUCGCUUCUGCAUUCCAUUGCUUUCUUUUUUUUGGAGGCAUCUGUGAAUAAACAGAUGCUUAAUAAUUAUAACUUCAAUAUAAUGAAACAAUAUCUACGUCACAACAUCAAGUGUUCCUUAUAUCGGGUACCCGAUAUUUGGCAUCUUUACAUGCCCGAUAUUAGGAAACAUAACCUCAAAAUAUUACGACAAUAUAUCUUAAAAAGCAAAUCGAAAGGGACAUUUUUCUAAUCCUUAGUGGAUGGCUGCAAGCCUACAGAAGACAUAUGAACAUAAAAAUAAACAAAACCAGACCUACCUUUUCAUGAAAACACCAAUUUAGUUAACACUUUCAAAAUAUUCGUGGCGGAUUUCACACACUUCCCGUGUUUGUGGAAAGAAUGAAGGUCACAAAAACAUAUGAACGUUACAGGUUGCAUUUAAUGUGGUUCCUGCUACAUGUUGGUCAUUAUAACAGUAGAUGGCUGUAGUAGCUCGUCUAAUAAACCGCUGCCCGAUAUUCGGAACCUACCCGAUAUUAGGCAUCCUCCCUCUACUAUUUUGCUUUUUUUACACAUACAUGAAUUCGGGGAGAGAGGAUCAUUGUUCUCAUUCACCAUAAAGUUAACGCAGACUGACGACAUUGUAGUUGAAUCUUCAAACAUUGUUAUGUUUUACAAUGAAGAUCAAGCGACAAGUAUAAAUAUGUGGAAGACUCGUACGUUGACGAGAAAAUGUUGAGAGCGGUAAGACAUAAAUUAAAACUCCUAUGUUUGUGAGCUUACACAAACAACCGUUCGAGUAUAGAGGCCGAUCGCAUAUACUGAGUGACAAAAAAAGGUGAACACCUACGUCUGUUUAUCCAAUUUUAAUAAUUUCUGGCAUAUAUGUUCAGUGACCCUUACUAGUAAAAUGAUUAAAUUUUCAGCUUGACUCGUCAGCUUACUGCUGACGCUGGUUCAAUAAUGUGUUGAGGAUCCACGACAAUUCGACCCCUCUCAAAGUCACUUAGCUGGGACACCCGGCGAAUUUUACUCACUAUAUACAUUUUGAGCAAUCACAAAAAGGCUUCUCAAUAAGCUGCACGAAAUUUAAUAUAUAACUAACACCGUAAAUGUACGAAAACUGAAUGCUUCUUUAUCACCAAACAAUACACGCAGCCACCACAAAAAUUUAACAGAAAAACCUGACCAUUUUAUUACCUGUUCUUCAUGGCAGGAUAAAUCGAUAUGUCAAAAAUUCUUGAUUUCUAAUAAACGUAGUUGUUUACCUUUGUUUGUCACUCAGUAUAUGUAUGUGUGAGGGAGAUGGAUGAGAGAAAGCAAUUCCUGUAUCUUUACUGUGUCCUGCUGAAAACCGUGGCAAGACCUAUAGUCCAUGUUUCACUGCUGACUUAAUCAUAAUAAUAUGAUGUCAAUAACAAUAUGUGCAAAACUUACCUACUGUUACUUUCACUAGUUCCAGUUAAUGUGGUGAAAGAUGACCUAAGUCGAUGUGUGGUAUUAUUCAAUUUCAGUGUUUCAAAUCGACAAUCACUUUAACAAUGAGUUUUUUCUGUAUGUAGUUUGUUCAAACGUGUUGAUUGUAAAACGACAUUUUACGUAGAUCAAUGUACCCUCUGCCAUUUUAAUAGAUAAGAGUUGCUUAACAACAUCAUGUCGCAGAGUAAAAGAUUAAUAUUUGAAUAACAAUUAAUAGUUUUGUUAAACAUAUUUUAAAACAGGUUGUGAUGGACAAAGGCAUUUACAAAUAUUGUAAUAGUGAAAGCAGCUAUCGCAGUAUACUAGGAGUUUCAAAUUAGAGUCUCACCAUUCGGAAACGGUAAUGGAUACGAAGUCGCUUAAAUUGGGGUAAAGAUUUAAUCGGCUAAGUAGUUGAUAAACUAUCAUUUUAGAAGCCAACUAUGACAAUAUUAUUUUUUUUGAAAUAUCUUGGGUUUGAUAAUGUCAGUGUAUGACAUAUAUUUUUAUAAACAAAAUUAAAAAUUAUAUUCGCCUGUGGAAAAAUACAAUAUUGCGUCUAUAAGAAAAAAUAAGAUUGAUAAUUAAGGACGAGGACGAAACGUUAUAUAGAAAUUCUAAUUUUGCCAACAUGUGGAGGAGAAAAAGUGGCACUGUUUAUGUACUUUUUAUUCUGAUCUCAAGUCUACCCUGGAAAAAGUAAAAACGUUUUGGAAACAAUUCUGUCUCUUUCGUUUAUCUCUGUAAAUACUCGGAAUUGCGAUACUUUCUAUGCCAUUUUCUUAGUUACCUAAAUUCUCAGCGUUGCCUAACUUUAACCGAAUUUAUAUCUCUCACCGUUCCCGAGAUCUCUGUGGUGAGAGUCGAAUUUAAAACUCUCGGUAUAUGUCUAUGACUACCAAACGUGGCAAAGUUAAUCAAGCGCUACCGUAGUAAGGCAUAUGAAGGAAUGAACAGAUUUGGCGAGUAACAGUGUCUCACAAUCCAGGUCGGAGGUUAUUUUCUAUUAUGUUGUCAUCUGGUCCCCUAUUAUUGAAAACGAGGGAAUAGAACCCCUGAGAGGAAGUGAGCAUGUCUCUUGACUUUCGGUAGAAGAAGUACUGAAGUUUUGUCGCCAGUCAUAUGUAAAGACGAAGCUAACUUUGUGAUGAAAUGUUUAAUGAUAUAACUGAACCUCAACUGUUAGAAUUUGGGAUCAUUACCCAGGGAACAUAGAUUAUGUCCACACUCACAUAUUUGAGUUGACGAAAAGUAUUUUAGAGCUCUGCCUCAUUGGGACGCCAUGGCGACGUCGCCGGCGACGCAGGCCUGGCUACUUGUGGCAUCCGAGGGUCGCCAAGGCGAGUAGCCAUGGCAUCUCGACAGUCAGUUCGUGUCAUCUCUCAAGAAUGGACGCAGAAGAAAUUGCACUUCUUUGUUAUAUACGUCGCAGAAAAAUGAAAAAAGAAAAGAAAAAAAAAGAAACUAUGGGUUCAUCCUUUUAUAUCUGAUCGAAACCGAAGUGGCAUUUUUUUUAAACUGUAUGGUGAUUUACGAAAAUAUCCUGAAAAGUUUUUCAAUUACACAAGAAUGUCAAUAGUAUCUUUUGACGAAUUAUUAAACUUAUGUAGAAACGAUUUAACUAAACAGGAUACGAUAUUUAGAAAAUCGAUUAGUGCGGAAGAAAAACUAUUUGUGUCAUUGAGGUAUUUUGCGUCAGGAUGUUCACUCAUGGAACUUUACUACAACUACAGACUCGGUCAUACAACAAUUUGCACAAUAAUUAGAGAAGUAUGUAGCGUUAUAUGUCAAUAUCAGGAACAGUUUAUAGGUCUUCCAAAGACAAAAUGAUCGGGAAAAAGUUGCAAGAGGAUUUGAAACAAUCGCAAACUUCCCUCAUUUCAUCGGCGCCAUUGACGGGAAACACAUGAGAGUAAUAAAAACGAUGCAUACUGGAUCACUAUAUUUCAACUACAAGUAUUAUUUUUCAAUUGUACUACUUGCUCUGUGUGACGCUAAUUACAAUUUUCUUCAUAUAGACGUUGGAGCGUAUGGAAAAAGCAGCGAUUCAGCAAUUUAUAAAGAUAGUGCUUUAUAUAAUAAUCUCAUUAACCAAUCUCUACCUGUUCCUGCGGCAAACCCAUUGACAGAAAACGGUGACAAUGUUCCAUACGUAAUAGUGGGAGAUGAAGCUUUUGCGUUACAUGAAAACCUCGUGAGACCAUAUGGAGGAUACAAUCUUAGUUACAAGCAAAAAAUAUUCAACUACCGAUUAUCAAGAGCACGCCGAUAUAUCGAAUGUACAUUUGGGAUUUUAUCUAACAAGUGGAGGAUUUUUCACAAGCCCAUGAAUGUACAUAUAGAUUUGGCAAAAGCGAUUGUAAGGACAUGUUGCAUAUUGCACAAUUUUGUACGUUCAAGAGAUGGCUAUUCUUACGAAGAUACUCUAACGGUAACAGGACUUGAACCAGGUACAAGUCGAAAUCGCGAUAGAGGAGGAAGAACGGCACUCACAGUUAGAGACAAAUUAGCAGAUUAUUUUGUUACUAAAAAUCCAUUACCAUGGCAAGACAAGUAUGUAUAAAUGAAAGUUAAUAAAUGUACCGACAUUUACUCACCUAGUUGUUUUUUUUCUUGGUUUGUCAUUUCGUCUUUUUCUUUAAAUAUGUUUACUAUUUCGUCCCAACCUUUAAUUUUUAAGUUACGGUCGCAAUAAUCAUUUGAUGAACUAUCCCAUAAGCAAGGCCGGUUUUGAAUUUCUAUUAUAAAUUUUUCAGUAUCGAAACUCAUUUUUCACAUCAAUUAUCAACUACUAUUCCGAGCGAGCUUCCAAAGUGGCGGCUGACUGGCGACUGAGUGAGCGAGGUACAGCUAACAUGUGUACAAUAUGAUGGCAACGACGCCACGGCGCCAGAAUAGCCAGUCGCCACGUAGGGAGCUGUAGUUUGUGGCCACGCUUCCAUCUUGGCGACGUCGCCACACCGUCGCCAAGUGAGUUAGGUAACAUACAUUCCAAUAUGAACUGUUUGGAUACGUAACCGGCGACGUCGCCAUGGCGUCCCAAUGAGGCAGAGCUCUUAGCUUUUUUAGCUAAAAAUUAGUAUUUUGCUGAAUUAUUUACACACUUAAGAUGCCUUCAUGUUGUGGUGGUGUGAAGUGUAACAGUAUCACAGUAAUUCCAGUCUAUUUGAACGAAGGCUUGUUGAAAACAAGCACAAAAGAAGUCAAUAACAUUACCUAACACCAAAGGCCACCGAAACACAUAAAAUAUAAAGUUAUGUUUCACCCAUAUCCAAGGUAUGUGACAUCAUGUGCACAUGAUCUGUUGCCAAGGCACUGUGCUCAAAAAUUGGGAUCCAGAACUCACCAAGUCUCGUUCUUGUUCAUCUUCCUUAUAAUAUUGUUGUCACUGUUUUUACUAUUCCUAGAAUGGAAGUGAAAAAUACCUAAAGAAAUGUAUUUUGGUUAACAACUUUUGAUGAGUUGUAUUUAAACAAAUUGUAAAUACUUAUUAACAAAAAGAUGUCCUGUAAGACCCCUGACGUGCUAGUAAAACGUACGAAAUAAAAAAAUAAAUCCACAUAAUGCGCACAAUGUUAAUAUAAAUAUGAAAUUAGAUAAUUAUAUCCUAAUGAAUUUGAAGUAAUGGACUAAUGCGUAGAUCAAGGAUAACACUAUUUUCAUUGAAAGUGAUGGUUUUACUUUUUUCAAAUUCUAGCAUUAGAAGUACAGAGAUUGGGAAAAAUAUCACCCUUGGUUUUCAUUGAAGUAUCAAAAGAAUAAUUGUACGAAUCAAAAAACCAUCAAUAUUAAAAAUGAGCCAAUGUCAAAGUAUAUCAUCUUCAAUUUAUUACCAUACUGAAAGAUGUUUGAAUCAGAGCUUUGCAUUAAUUUAAGUAAUAACAUUUACCGAAUUGACGUAACAAAAUAACUCCAAUGAAAAUUAAAUGGAAAAAGUACCUCUAUAUGUAAUGAUGUUUGAUAUACCGGCUAUUUCAUAUUCAAGUCUCAUCAUUGGGAUGUCGGAAUGGUAAUUUUUUUUUAUAUCGAAGUAGCCGCGCAGGCAGAAGCCUUAUUGCCGGAACAUCGCGGCUGCUAUGGCGAUCCCAAAGAAAUUUUUUUAAUACGAUUUUUAAACUGCCUGCUAGUAGAAGUGGGAAAAGCUUCCUCUUGUAGAUGGUUCCAGAAUCUCGGCACACUCGGGACAAAGGAGCGGUCGUAUCGGCCAGUUCUGUAUGUUCGAAGUUCGACAAUGUAGUCGGGCGGCAGCACCCCAAACGUGUGAGCAAUAUACUCGAGGCUAGGCCUUAUCUGGGCCUUGUGUAGAAUGAGAAGGUCAUUCGGAGAAAAGUACUUCUUAGCCCUAAACAAAUAGCCUAGCUUUUUCCCAGCAGCUGCAGCUAUUGACGAGAUAUGGUCGAGCCAGAUCUCGACUCCGACCAGCCGAAAUAAGUGGCUCUUUGGCAAAACUCGGCCGUCCAUCGAAACUGGAUGAGCGCUAGGACGCUUUUUGUUCGUCAAAGAACAGUUUUGUGUUUUGGAAGCAUUGAACUGUACAAGAUUGUUGCGUCCCCAAGCAGUGAUAGCCUCCAGGUCUCUUGUCAGAGAGGAAGUAGUCGCUAGUCUUGGGUUGAUCGUGCAGAAAAGCAGGUUGUUGAUAUGCAAGAGAAACAGUGUUGGAGCCAAGACCGAUCCCUGGGGAACACCCGCGUUGACGUUGUGGGAUGAAGAGGAGAACCCGUCAAUUACGACGAGUAUCUUGCGGCAAGAGCCUAAGUCAGCAACCCAUCUGCAAAGCUUUUCUGGGAGGCCAUAGGAUGGAAGUUUGCUUAAGAGGGUAGCGUGCCACAGCUGAUCGAACGCUUUCGUGAUAUCAAGAGCAACGACAUGAGCCUCACCAUAAGACUGGAUGAGUUUACUCCACAAUUGAGUGACGUAAGCUAGGGGGUCCCCUGUGGAUCGUUGGUGCCUGAAACCAUUCUGCCUGUCGCUAAUCAAACUGUGACGUUCGAGGUAGUCCAGAAGCUCGAGAUUUAUGCACCACUCACCUUACUUAUAACAGAAAGCAAAUCUAUAGGCCUGUAGUUGUAAGGGUCGGUCUUAGAUCCUUUUUUUGGUAUGGGUUGGACAUGAGCAAAUUUCCAGUUUUUUUGGGAAGGUGCCAGAUCCAUAAGAUAUCUGGAAGAGACGCGAAAGAACUGGAGCAAGCUCCGCUGCUCACCUCUUCAGUACAAUGGCAGGAAUUAAAUCCGGACCAGAAGCUUUGUUGAUGUCGAGCGACAAGAGAACUCGUUUUACGGUCUUAUGCCUGAAUGUUACCUCCCGCAUAGUGUAGGGAACCCUUUGAAUUGACGGCACUUGGGCAUUGGUGGGGACGUCCAUGGUGGAGUUGGUAGCAAAGAUCUUGGCUAGCACUUCCGCCUUGGCCUUUGAGUCAAAUACAAUAGUUCCAUCCUGACACGUAAGUGGUGGAAGGCUACUAUGUGAGAAGUUCUUUUCAAUCUGCUGGGCCAGCGUCCAGAAAGACCGACUGCCACUGCGCUGCGACAGUACCCUAUGCCUAACUUUCAUAUCGUGCUGUUUUUUGGCAUUGCGAACCUCUUUGUUAUAUUUGUUUCUGGACUUGACGUCGGCUUGUCUGUUCUCUACAGUGGGGUUUUGUAAGAAGCUUCUGUGUGCCUUGAUCUUCUGCUGGCGAGCAGUGUCUUACAAUUUGUUAAACCAGACGUUGGACCCUGGUUUAGGCACUUCACUGUGUGAGGGAUGUAUUCCUCCAUUCCGACGUGGAUAAUUUCUGUUAUCGAAGAACAGACAGCCGACGCAUCCACGUCAGUGAAACAUACGUCUCUCCAAGGAAAGCUAGAGAAGAAGUCUCUGAGCAUGUCCGUAAUGCCAAGUUCUGCGGCCUGUACGAGUUUCUGCUGCCACAGAUAUCCAGCAGGCUACUGGCGUGUGAUGAGACGCGGGGGAAAAAGUAGGGCUCGUCGCUAGCUGGGUCAGCUCUUGAGUAAGAGCGAACGCUUCGACUGCACGACCUGCUGCAUCAGUCUUGUUUGAGCCCAACCAAAGCUCAUUAUGGGCAUUGAAAUCGCCGAGAAGAACUACCUCUGAAGCGGGGUGAUUCAUGUUCAGGAUCAGGAAGUCGAUCUAGACGGCGAGGUAUUCAAGUAGGUCAUCCCAGUUAUGGUCCGAGGGAGAGCGAUAAAGGCAGCAAAUAAAUUUGGGUGAUGUUUUGGAGUGGACGCGAAGCUACAGAAUGUCCUUCCGGUCUGAUUCCAAAGAAACAUCUCCGGAGCAGGAAAGACUGCUGCGGACAAAAGCCACGUUCUUUCUCAGAUUAGAGUGCACCUCGUAAUUUGGGAAGUUGAGAAGGUUAAUCGGUGCAGACUCUGAGAUUUUUUCUCCGCCAAGAAAAGCACGGCGGGACUAUUGGAUUAUAGGUAGUGAUGAACAGCAUCAAUGUUGCUGUUAAUUCCGCAGAUAUUCGAAAAACAAAUUUUGUCUUCGAUGUUGUUCCCUCGAGCCCACCCUCCACCUGAACAUUCCGAGAGUGGAGUGAGUUUACGUCAGGAGUCGAGGGGGGAGUGCUCGAGGGAUCCAUCAUCAUUAAUUUCUUUGUUUUGGGAGAUAAGACACCCUGGGAAAAGCUAGCGGGUGGUACCGCCUCGGUCGACUGGUCCUUGUUUACCACCUUCUUUUUACACGUUAGUGAUAUUAAAUAGACCUAAAGUGGCCCGUUGGCGGACUUGUACUGCCACCCGGCAAUCAGUACUGAGGUAUUCCUUGACGCGUGUACAAUCACUUGAACGGGAAGCAGUUGUAUACUGGAUACAACAACUUCCGGAACUAGCAUUGAACAAACCCGAUACGAUAUUUGAAAAACAUACGUUACUACUCGUAUACACAUUUCAAAACAAAGCGGAUGUAUAUCAUCUUUUAUUGUGAAUUACUCACAAAUACGAGAUGUUUGAAUUUGUUUAGAAGAAAAAACGUAACCCAUCUUAUAACAUAAAAAUAACAUUUAUCUUCCGGAAUGGUUUGCGAUUCAUAUCGGCAACGUAAACUAGUGUAUUUUGCUAUAAAAUGCCCUUUGAACUAACCCUGUGUUUUGGGAUAAACAGUUAGAAGUACGAAUUUAAAGAAUUUCAAGUAUCUGCGAAAAAUCAUCGUAGCAUUACCAACAAGUGUCAAAUUCUGGAGCUUGUCUCGGUUUUCGGCCAUAAAUUUUUUGCUAUUAGUCGGAUCUUUUUGCGUGUAGUCUCAUUUUGUAGGUCUCAUAAAUACCUAAAAAUCUUAUAUUAAGAGUUUUUUCGUUCCUGUCAACGCUUUCGAUUGAUAAAAAAAACACGUUUUCUGAUCCUUUGUUGUCGAAUAAAAAGUUUUCCCACAAAAAUUGGUCUACCCAUUUUAUGCGUCCAUGUUUUAAAUACCCCCUUGAACAACUUACAGCAAUAAAACCACACUUUAUUAUUUCGCAAUCCAGGUGUAUUUUCGUCUAAUAUGAGACUAGAACUGCCAAAUUUUCUAAGUGCUAUUUUCUUAGUUACCUAAAUGCCGAACUUGCCGCCAUUUAACCAACUUCGUAUGUCUUACAGUAUUCCAAGAUCCCAAUGGUAAGGGUCCAAAUUGAAAGACCCGGUAUAUAAGGUAUCAGUUAGAGUCUAAUUUACAGUACCGUACAACCAAUAUUAUACGACUGAAGCAUCAUAUGGGGUAUAAAUGGCAACACUGAUUCAGUUGCAUGUUUACACCCCCUGAAUGAUACUUGAUGUUCCAUGCUAUCUCACAAUAUAAUCAAAAACUUGCUUAACAGCAUUAAUAUCAGUUUGCUCUCUAGAGAAGCAUCAUUUGUCGAGUGAUAUUCCUAUUUAUGUCCGAAAACAAGAUAGAUUACUUUGAAAUGAUUGCAUAGUCAGUGUGUAGGAAAUCUCGGCAGCUUAUAUAAGAUGGUAUUUAAACCAAUAAGCAACUUGGCAGAAACGUGAGGCAGAAAAGAAUGUUUGCGGAUAUUCAUAUACUUAUUGUUAAGAUGAACCCAUCACUUUACCUACCUAUUUGUCCACUACAGUGCCUAGUAUAAAAUAUAGUGAGGUCUGGUUUAUAGGAUCAGGCAGCAUUGUUAUGAGAAAAUAAGAAUGAACAAGUACAUCAAGAUAAACAAAAAUUCCAAUUGUAGUAACUGAACAGGAUGGAGUUUUAAUUAUUGUGCUAUCAAGACGUAUUAUAAGAGAAAAACAAAUGUCAAAAUCCAACAAGCCAUUCGAGCUGUAGCCCGUGAAAACGAAAUUUCACUGUUUCGAUUAAAAUCCGCCAUUUCGGCUGUAUUAAAUUUUAAUACACCUAGUAUUUCUCGCUCUGUCAUCACAAAUGUAGUCACAUAAUAUGUCGACAUCAAUCAAGCCUUUUAAGCUGUAGCUUUUGGAAUAAGAAUUUCAACAUUGAAAUUUUCAACUAAAAUCUGACAUUUUGGUUUUAUAAAAUUUAAACAUACCCAUUGCUAAGUCGUAUCCCAAAAUCCAUCAAGCUGUUUGGUUACUCUUGUCCACAUACACACGUUCGGAAAACAACCCUCCUUUCGAGACAAUUAGGUAAAAAUGAUAUGCCUUAGUGAUCCAUAUUUAUAAUUGUCAGUUUUAAAUAAACUGUGCAGUUACAGUAUAUAUAUUUUUUUAUAAAUUAAUGAAUCAUAUAUGUAGUACAUACCAUGUCACUCUUCCUUUUUUUUGGUAUGAUUCCAUACUUCUCGUAUUCUUGGAAACGUUUUAACACUGCUGCCAAAAGCUAUAAAUCAGACUAUAUGAAUGUUGUCUAUAGUAAGAAUCAUUGUCGUCUAACCCAUUUUGCUGUAAAGUAAAAUAUUCCAUUGCUCAUUAGAUAUAUUUAAGAUAUAGUAAUAUAUGUGCCAAUAUAGUGUGAUCGAUGAAAAUGAGAUAUAUUUGUAGAAUACAAUACAAUAGUUUUUGUAGAUCUAUGAUAAUUUUGUAAUAAUCCACUAUAAUCAUUAAAUCCAGUUAGCAAUCUGUAGGCUCAUACUGAUUUGUCGUAUGUGCUUCAUAUUUCUCGCGCACAGAACAUUGUGAAAUUAUACAUGGUAGCUGUCUCGUAAGAAUUUAAGUUUACCUCUACGUCAGGCAGGCUUUUAUACCCUAUAAAAGUACCAUAGUUCUGCAAAAACAUUGAAUUUUAGUAAGAAGCACAUACCUUUAAAGCUCUUGAUAUUACUUUUCCUAGUGUGUUUGAAAUAAGUUUUUCGUCCCACAAUUCCAAAAGACCGUAGGUCAAGGUUUCCAAAGCUGAUAAAACAUUUAUCCACAAACUGGGUUUAAUGUAGAAAAAUAAGCUCGUAUUCGCCGAAAAAAAGUAAUACAUAGAUGAUUUUUCGUUAUACAGAAUUAUUUUAAACUGAUUGAAUUACAUAUCAAAAUCUGUAAUUUGAAAACCUUGCCGCUCGCUUUUGGUUUUAAUAUUUAAAUGGCAUUUUUGCAAUUUGCUGUGAUAUUCCGUGGUUAUUUUAGUUUUAAGGUCAAAUGAAAUCUAUUAUUUGUACUUACAAGUAUAUAAAUUUGGAAAUAAAUUUGUUGUUAUGAACUAGGCAAAUUGUAUCUAAAAUGCCGACAUUUCCCAUUCCAAUUUUUGUAUAGUGUUGAUGUGUUGAUAUGAUUCUAGUUUUAAUGUUACAUACAUAUAUAUUUUGUAGACAUAUAUUUGGAGCUUAAAAUGAUACAUUAGUUUUUUAAGAUUUUUUAUAUGGUUAUACAGUGAAGCAUUUAGUAUCUCACGAUGAACCAAAAGAACAGUCGUUUGUUUUUGUUAAGCAGAAAAACGUUUAAAGUGUUCACUAAAGGAAACUAACUAGAGAGACGAUAAAAUCAUCGAUAGUGAUCAUUUAAUUUGUAAAGGUAAACACCGCCAUUCAAUAUACCGUCGGUCUGUCGUAGACUAUGUUUGUUUAUUUUUUUGCAAUUCCAUUUUCUGACCUACGAGUGAUUAGACUGAUUUUCUUCUUUCUUAUUCAAAUAUAAUUACUAAUUAUGGAACUCCGAUACUGGAAUUGCCUUCAGCUGGAUGGUUACAGCCGUUUGAAUGUUUUCGACUGUCCUAG